GCGCCCGCGUGUUGCAGAAGUCGCGCCACCACCGGGACUUCGCCACGACUCAGACGCCAUCACCGACGCCGCCCACGACGCCCGCCGACCUGGAGAAUGUGCCGGCGCGACCCGGCGACCCCGCCUACGACUACGAUCCCUCCGAGGACGAGGUGCUCACCAAGCAGAUCGUGUCGCUCGACCCGUGCCUCGUCAAGUACUGCGGCAAGGGCCGCGAGUGCCGGUUGAGGGGUGGCGAGGCGCGCUGCGAGUGCCAGGCGCGCUGUCGCAAGCACCACAAGCUGGUGUGCGGCAGCGACGGCCGCCUGUACGCCAACCACUGCGAGCUGCACCGCGCCGCCUGCCUGCGCGGCGCGCCGCUGGCCGUCGACCACUCCUUCGGCUGUGUGCGCACCCGCCCAGACGAUGACGCCACCAGCCCGGCGCCUGGCAACCUGAGCAGCCUGGCGCGCGGGGUUGGCAGCAGUGAGGCGACCAGCCUGCCAGUGGACCCGGAGCAGGGCGACAAGGGCGGGGGGGACGAGGAGGGAGUGGACUCGUGCUCCAUGCAGGAGUACGAGAUAAUGAAGGACAACCUGCUGCUCUUCAACCACGCCAAGCUGAUGGCCGAGGACAACCACAGCUCCGGCAAGGAGUACCUGGUCAGCAUCAUGUUCAGCCACUACGACCAGAACAACAACGGUGCCUUGGAGAGGGACGAGCUGGACCAGGUCGCCACCCAGGAGCACCUCAGCCAGCUGGCGCAGGGCUGCAGCCUGGGCCACAUGCUCACGUACGACGACACCGACAAGGACGGACGCCUCAACAUUAACGAGUUUUACAUGGCGUUUAGCGUGUCGGUGGUGUCGCUGGACAAGGCCCUGGAGGUGAACCGCCUGUCGGCGCGGGUCGGCGACAACGUGGAGAUCAAGUGCGACGUGACGGGCGCGCCUCCCCCGCCCAUCGUGUGGCGGCGCCACGACGCCGACCUGUCGGCCCUCGGCGAGGAGGAGGUGCGCGUGUUCAGCGACGGCUCGCUCUACCUCACGCGCAUCCAGCUGCUGCACGCCGGCAACUACACCUGCCACGCGCUGCGCAACAAGGACGUGGUGCAGACCCACGUGCUCACCGUGCACACAAUACCCGAGGUGAAGGUGACGCCUCGCAUACAGUCCAGAAGACCCGAGGAAGAAGCCUCAAUGUUUUGCCAUGUGAUUGGAGAACCAUUUCCCAAGGUGGAGUGGCUGAAGAACGACGAGCGGCUGAAGCUGGACGCGCCGCACAAGUACGAGAUCGUGGGCAACGGCACAGAGCUGCAGAUCCACAACAUCGACUACGCCGACACCGGAGCGUACAUGUGCCAGGCGACCAACGUCGGUGGCAUGACGCGGGACAUCUCGUCACUCGUCGUGCAGGAAGACCCCACGCCAACCGCGCCAAACGAAGAGAGGCGGUUCUUCUCGUUCCACGACUGGGGCGUGUCCGUGUACGAGCCGACCGCCUGCCGCCUGUAUCACCAGAUACAAGCCACCGACAUCAUCCCCGGCACCCAGGAGUAUGUGUGCGGAGACAAGGGUGUGAACUGCAGCUGGGGACAUGCCAUCAAUGUUGCCAACCGCUACGUGUACGUCGCGCAGCCGCGCAAAGACAGAGUCCUCGUCAUCAGCAAAAUACAGAUGGUGGUGGUUGACGUGGUGGUGACGGACAAGUUCCCGGUGGAGCUGCACUACGUGCCGCACCUGGACCAGGUGUGGGUGCUCAACUGGCGCAGCGAGCUCAACCAGGGCGUCAAGACCAUCCAGAUCAUCCGCGACGCAGCGCAGAAGCGCAAGCACCACACCGUGCACCCCGAGCCCAUCGACGGCCAGUUCGACCUGGUGCGCGGCCUGUUCAUGCCGCCCGUGCAGGACAUGUCCCACAUGUUCAAGUACGGCUACGUGACGCACACGAACCAGCGAGGCCUCUACAAGCUGGACCUGGCCAACAUGCGGUACAUCCGCAGCAUCGACGUGACGCCCAACAACUGCGUGCCGCGCCACGUGCAGUUCUCAGCGCUGUACGGCUACGUGGUCAUGGAGUGCGAGGAGCCCGUGACGGGCCGCCCCACGGGCCAGAUCCUGCUGGACUACCUCACGGACGCCGUGGUGAGCCACAGGCCCGGGCUGUACGGCCGGCCGCACGUCUCGCCCAACAGCCGCGCCGUGGUGACCCUGGACCGCGCGCGCGACGGCGUCACGCUCGUCGUGCAGGAGGUCGUGGAGACUGGCUUGAAGUUUUUGUUUGAUGUGAAGACAACGUUGAACAUCAGUGAUAUCACAUUCUACCCAUCUCAGACCACCCACGGCUACGACCUGUAUGCAAGCGCAACGGACAAGGAAGACAUCUUGUUUCUUAAUCUAGUCACAGGCAAGGUGGAGAUGAUCACCGGGGUGGGCAAGGCGAUGCAGCCGUCCCUGGCGCAGUGGGACGCCCCCAACCGCCCCAUCGCCGCCUCGGGCAUCUUCGGCCACUACAUGGUGACGCCCGCCAACGAGGCGCUGUUCGUGGUGAACGGCGAGACGCGGACGGUGAACUGCGAGAUCGGCGGGCUGGUGCACCCGCGCACCGUGGUCUGGGUCACCAUGCAGCUGCAGUGAGCGACCUGCCACCCUCACCGACCACCCACCACGUCUCGGGCCGGCCGCCCAUCGCGAAGAGCUGCACGGGGUGCCGUCACAACUGUUCACUCCUGAAUGUUUGGUAGUCAGUGUACCUACUUUCCGUUACCACUUUUAUUUCAUACGUAUUAUACAAACGCGGGAUAUUCUUUUUAGUUUAACACGAGAUCAGUCCUGGACGUGAACAUGGAUGUCAGAUGUAUUAAAAUCAGAAAAUGUCAGUUUUGUUGGUUCCCUGGAUACAGGCAUGAACCACGUGUUCGCCGUGCGCAAGAGGUGGCUGGGAGAACAAGCAGCAGCCUCAAGCCUCGCUGCUCCACGGCAAGCGGCCAGCUCUCGCAUCACAAGACGGCGCGUCACGGCAAGGACUCUCGCGAUCGCAUCGCAGCAGGACGUGGUGCGAGCAAGGCUCCGCCAUCCUUCUUCGUACAGACAUUACUGUCACUUAUCAAGAACGCUAGUUGGUCUUUUUUUGUCAUUUUACGCUGAAAUUAGUACGAGUAGCAGGUCGAAGUGGGAAAAAUUUUGCAUGCGUGCACAUGUAAAGCAAACAAGUGUGUGUGUGUGUGUGUGAUGUGUGCAUGCGAUGUGGAAAUAAAAAAAUGUCUGAUACAAAACUUUAGCACUUAAGUUGUGAGCUUAAGACAAUAUUUUUAUAAGUAACUGCAUAAAUGUUUGUCUGGCACUGUAACAUUGUCGAGUAACAUUUGGGAGGGUGGUGCCUGCCAGCUUACAGAAAGCUGAGUGGCAUGACCCUAAAUAUUUUGCAAGUGUAGCAUACAUAGAAAAUGUAAAUAAAUUAAAUCUUGUGUUUUCCUUUGUGUGGCUCAUGAAAGUUGACACAAUGCAUUUUCCAGUAAACAGAGGUAGAAUAUUAGUGUCACACUACCUUUUAUAAUGUUAUUAAUAACACAAAUGCUAUGUAAUUGUUUUGACAUUUUUAAACAACAGUAUGCAAGAUGUUUUUCUAUCACAAGUGCUCUAAAGUCUAGUACAGAGGACAACAUGCAGUUAAGAAUUUUUGCUAGGCAGGAGAGUCACAUUUGUAAUUAAAUUUUAAAUUUUUCUAUUUUAAAAACAUUGUACAACAUUUUAAAAAUAACCAAUAUAUUAAGUUUUUUUAAGCAUUGUAUAAUCAUUAAAAGUAGAGAGACAGUUACUGAAACUACACUAUGUACAAUCAAUAAACAUGUUUAAAGAAA